AUGUUUCCUCGAAAACUCGGUAUUGUCCGCAGCUAUUCGCGGGCUCUCCGAUUGGUCAGGAAGGGCGAGGAUAGGAAGGUUUCUGUCGUCAACUAUGAUGAUAUGAGCGUUCUGAAAAACUACUUGGAUCGGCUUGAUCUAACGUUACUUCGACCCCAGGAAACCGAGAUUUUUCCAAAGUUCAAGCACACAGGCCGUAACCUGAUGUCGAUCAUGCAUUCAUCCUUAGUGCCAUACGAGUCAACAGAACCGCAGGCUGCAGAGCCAAGUGUACACGCAAUAAACACGAAAGAUCUCACUCGUUUGAGACACCUUCUGCGCUCUCCGAAAGACAGAGAGCUAUACGAGUUUUUGAAGAGAUUAUCGACUACCAGCAGUUUUUCUUCAUUGAUCAAAGAGCUGUCACCUCUCGAAGUGUCCUUGAUUGUGAGACGCCUGACGAGCCUAAUGGAUAGAGUCAUCAAAUGGUAUAUUUUGGAGCUACAGUAUAUUUCGAGAAUCAGUAGGGACGCGGAUCUCGACCGGGUUUUGAAAACAAAAGCAGAAAUGUACUCUUCCAUCUCAAAAAUCUUCCGCAGAAUUCAAGAAAGCUGUGAACUGGCCACGAUAGAUUACGAAAACAUGGUUAAUUUCCACGCGCACAAUUUACGAUACGUUACGGCCAUUAAGCUAGUCUCUGAGAUCGAAGGAAAAAUAUUAAAGGGAGCCGAAAAUCUACAACUUACAAAAUCUUUGUGGAUCAAUAAACUCAAGAUCCUUGGGAAUGCGGAUGAGAAAGCCUGGCGCAUCAACCGAUACCAUUAUAAAGAGGCAGAAAUGGAACCACUUCCCAAAAAUUACGUUUAUCCGCACCACAGUAGCAGCGUGCAGCAGCUGCUACAAGAACUCAACAAUUCUGGACUUCAGCUAGACAUCGACCUCUAUGAAACGAUCAUUCUUAGUCUCGGAGGGUCCGGCGAAAUAGAAUACCUACAGUCUUUGAUAGACCAGGUAUGGGGAAUAGGAGGCCAGGUCAACGGCAGCGUUGAGAGCGGUUCUGCAUCUUUUCCAACUUUCAGUCUGCUAGAGAAAAUCAUUGUUGCAUUUACCUACAACGGACAGUUUACGAAAGGCUUGCUUAUUUGCAUGAAACUGAUCGAAAAGUACCAGCUGGACCUGCGAUAUUCUCAAAAGUACUGGACGGGAGUUCUUCGUGCUUCCGGGGUGACUACUGCCAACAUAUACAGAGAUAUCCAGACCAAGCUUUGGGAGAAGGGAGUUGAUGAAGAAAACAUCAAAAGAGAGUUCGAGCUCCAGCAUGAGAUAUUUGAUCUGCUGUGGAGGAGCGCGAUGAGUGUGCUUAAGACUCCGUCGAAGGAUAUGAUUAAAGUUCGUUUACGAUACUCCAGCUUGGAAUCGCUUGUGAAGGAUCUUCCCCAGAUUCACGAACUAGCCGUCAAUGAAUACAAAAACACCUCUGCUAGUGAGGCCGCAUAUCGUGAAAGUCUGUUGCUCCGGUACCUCAAUAUCUGUCGUGUGAAGUUUGUUCAACGGAAGAACUUCUACGAGGCAGAGAUGCUCAUCAAGAAAUUCUCGAUGAACCAGAGAAUGGAAGACGCUCUUCUUUUCAGGCUUAAGCGGUCACAACAGAGAUACCUCCGCGACACGACGGUCAAAAAGGCAGAACAGCGCAUUAUCGAAGAUGACGACGAGGAUGGGUUUGGUAUUUGGUAA